AUGAGGGAAUCCUCUCCGGAAGUCGACGCACCCCAAGUCUUCGGAACACUGCACUUCCUGAAGCGCAAGACCGGCGAGACCGUCUCCCAUAUCCCCCUCGACGGUACGCGGCUGACCAUCGGCCGUGAAAGGGAAUGCGACAUUCGCCUGUACUUUGAGGACGUGUCAAAGCUGCACGCCGAGAUUGUCUUUGAUGAGGAUUCUGGACUUGCUAACCUCGUCGUCCACGGUAACAAUGGAUUAAUCUACACCCCUGCCGGCGGGGCAGGGAAGCACUAUUACCCGCCCAGCGUGCUUAUUUUGGGGGAUACCGACACGCUCCAGAUUAGGAAGAAGCUCUUCCGCUUCACCUACGGUGACAUUUCGGCGAGUAGCUACCACUCGCCGGCCAAGACACCUGGUCGGCGGCUGAGCCACCGGCUGAGCAUCGUGCCGCAGGGCAAGCGGUUCGCACCCUCGCCAGCUAAGAGCCGGUUAGCUACCAGAGGGCGGAUGGCACACGUUGGUGCAGUCGAAGAGGAGAACGAGGACGAGCCACUCGUGUUUGACGAGCUUGUCGGUUUGGCGAAUGGGGAGGAUGGCGACAAGAUCUACCUCGAGAAACGGGACGACGAUGUGGCGCCGAAGAAUCCGUUUAUGACACCACAACCCAAGGGCCGCGCCCCGCUGCGCAACACGAGCGCCGUACCGCGCACGCGGACGAUCACGUUUGUGCUGCCCGACAAGUCUCAGUUGGAGCGCCACACUCCUACUGAAAAAGACAGUGUCUCGGACGAGAACGAGAUCUCAGAGGAGGAAGACAUGGAAGCAUUAGAGGAGGGCGGAUACGAAGACGGCGACGAGGGCAUUGACGACGACGUGCCAGCCCCUGCGACGCCCACGCCGUCCUCGAUCCCGCUCCCCGACGUUACUCCAAUGGGUGGUCCGCGGCGUCAGCUCGCCUCCCCACGCGCAGCGUACGCUACCCCAAGAGGAGCUGGCUCGGACGCCCUCCGGCGGGCAUUACUCAUCCGCUCGGCGCGAAAGCGGAUAGAAGCCGAGACCGAGACAGUCGAGCCCGAGGUCGAGGUCAUCCCGAACCACUUUGAAGGACGCCGUCGUCGCUCAUCAGGCCGCACUCUGUCCCCACCCCAGCCGGACUCGGAGUCGAGCGAGGAGGACGAGGAUAAGGAUAACGCGCCGCUACAGUGGGUGUACGAGGACGGCCAGGGGGGACUGGACGACUCAGAUUCGGACCGCGACAGUCUGGAUAUGGAAUACUCGAUUCCAGGCGCACGUAUCCUCGACUUUGACGCUUCGCCUGAUCCGGGCUCGCCGAGCGAGAGCGAGGGAUCCGCUGAAGGGGAGGAGGGCUCCGAGUCGGGCGAGGAGUCGGACGAGCGCUCGCAAGAUUACUCGGCCGACGAGCGGGAGUACGAGCACGGUUACGAAGCAGGCGACAUCUCGAGUGACAUAGACGACGAGGUUGACCGUUCCCUCGUCUGCUCACCAGAGGAGGUCGAGCGCUCGCCCUCGCCCGUUCUCUACACCCCGCCCGUGUACGCAGGUGCACGCAUGUCGCUUGCGGGUAUCGGUCCGCCCAUGCGGUUCGAGGACCAGCCGAGUCCCGUAAACGAGCACCUUCCAACGGGUAUGCGGAUACCACCAACACCAAGUCGCUUAGGCAAGCCAGUGCGACCGUACACCCCGAAGAAGGCGGGGCCAUCGAAGGCCGAAGACGCGGUAGCCGCGCCUGUCACUCCACCCCCCGCCACUACACCCGCAACCCCACCCCCCCAGACACCAGCCAAGACAUCCCGUACAGGUACAGGCUUAACCCCCGCCCAACGCGCCCAACUCGCAACCCCCCUCGCUUUCCCCACCGCCCCCGCCAGUUUCCGGGACGCGCCCACGCGUCCAAUCGAGACGCCCCGCCGAACGUUCUUGGACACAAUUCUGAGUUCCUCGAACAAUGGCGUCAAGAACACGGUAUCCUUUGUCCCCGAGACGCCCAACACCGGUUUCGGGACCAUGCGGAAACGUAUGCCGACACCAAGAGUUGACCGUAUCGUCGAAGUUGAUGUCCCCACCACCCCCACGAGCGCCGAGGACGUCGCAAGGAUGUUGUAUCCUCAAUCCCCGACUGAGCCCCAGACCCAACCCCUCCUGACCGAACCCAAUAUCCCUCAUAUCCAGCCAACCCCUCAUACCCAGUCAACCCCUCAUACCCAGCCAACCUCUAAUACCCAGCCCACCCCCUCCCCCGGCCAACACCGCCGCCGCUCCUCCCUAGCCGGCAUUCGCGACCUCCUCAAACCCAAGAAACCCACUACUUUGGGGCUGGAAGACCUGGUUGAGCCCAAGAAGAGCUCCGGGAUCCGUGACAUGUUCCGCGCAUCCACGCCUCCACUUAACGGCGUGCGCGAGAUGUUCGCCGACCGUGCAGUACCCCCGACUCCGCACAUGGACCUAGCUCAUGUAUUCCCCCGUCCCGUUCCGCCCACUCCUCAUAUGGAGUUGGCGGACGUGUUCCCUGAGCCCGAACCUGAGGAGGACGAACUUGAGGAGGAGGAGCCCGGAACGCGGUCGCUCCCUGUGCGCGCGUCUCGUACGGAGCCGGCCAAGGCCGCCAAGGUCUCGAUAAAGCCCAAGACCCGUGCUAAGGAACCCGAGUCCGCCCCGAUCCGCAACACGCGGCGGACAGCCAAGGCAUCUGAACCGCGUUCGGCACCUACACGCCGCGUGACGCGUUCCCAGACUGUCGAGCUUGAGGAGCCCGAGCCCGAGCCCGAGGUCGAGACCAAGGCUAUGCGCCGCGUGACCCGCUCGCAGACGGAGGAGUUGGAGGCUGAGGCUGAGGUGGAGACCAAGUCAGCGCCCGCUCCUCGAGAGGCUGCAGAGCCCAAGUCUGUCAUCUGCGAGUCCAAGUCGGCACCCACACGCCCCGACAAGCCCGCACCCACCCGCCGCUCACGGCGCGUGUUAGGCGAAGCCGAACCGGCAAAGGAACCUCCCGCCAAAGUGUCCAAACCCACUAAAGCUCCAAAGGCCGCAUCCAAGCCCGCCUUACCUGCCCUGUCCACAACCAAGACGCGCAGCCGCAACGCUCCCAGUGAAGACAAGGCCAAGAUCGGCAAGACAGGCGUCGGCGUCGGGAACAAGGAGAACAGCGCGACACCAGACCCAGAGCCCAAGCGCAAGACGGCGUUGCCGGUACGCGUCACGCGUAGUCGCAAGGCCAAAGUGUAA